UUUUAACUUUUUGAUCAGGCUAACAGUGCAAGGCUGCAAGCCACUUGUCAAGCACUAGCCUUUAUGAGAUUUAUUUCCGACUUAAAUGUGAUUUUCAUUCAUGGCCGUCCUUUCCAAGGGUCUGCUCAUCAAGUUUCUUCAGCUCUGUCUCUGUGCUUUCAUUAUGGGGUACAUUCAAAUCUUAGCUGAGUCAACGGUACUGGUUCACUUCGCUAGAGCUCCACCAGCACGGUCAAGGUACUCUUACGCUGUUUUCCGGUACUCUGCACUAACAAUUGAUGGCUCCGAUGCAUGCAGAGAUAGAAUGUGUUACAUACACUGUCAGCUUGAUGGCCAAACUCUGAGUCCAUGUCCAGCCAAGGACAUAGUAUUCAGAAACUUGACAGUCAACAGUGACCAUGAGUUUCUUGUCAAUGUCACAACUUCUGAUGGACAAACGAACUCAUCAGCUUACUCAUGGUUCAUUGAUACAAUUCCGCCAACUGCAACAAUUUUUAGCGAAAAGAAUUAUACAAGCGCUGAAAGAAUCGCCAUUGAUAUUAGUUUCAGUGAAGCUUGCACUGGGAAGGGUGGCUUUAGGUGUGUAAACUCAUCAAAAUGUGAUAUUAUAAUACAUGGUCCAGCUUAUGUACGUGCAUCUUCCUCACGCAUGAUUAAACCUAGCAUUAAGUACAGCCUCGAUGUGAUACUCUCCUUUACGAGUAUGAAUGGUCGUGUCGUUAUCAGGCUGGCAGAUAAAUUUUGUACAGAUCAGGCUGGAAAUAGCUUUACAAGGACAGACGGUUCCACUGUAAUCAUUCACUUUGAUAGAAGGCCAGUGCUAGCAGAUUUGUGGACCUCUGUUCCUGCUUAUGAGUUAGUGAUGAAUGGAGUCCUGAGAACAGUCCUUGCAACUAACAAAAUGGAGGAUAUGAAAAUAUUUUUAGGCUUCAGCAUCCCCAUUAUAAAUACUACAGAGCAGGUCCUUAAUGCAAUGAGUGUCAAUUCGGGCAAAUUAAUGCCUAUUCAUCGCAGAAAUCAAGGAAGUCGUCAGUUUGAUUUCCAAAUCAGGAAUAUAACUGGAACUAAAAUUGUUGUCAUUGAACUACAAGCUGGAUUACUAUUUGGCAGGACAGGCACUCCUGUCUCACAGGUUCCCUCAGUUACAUUUCUUUAUGAUUCUAAGGAGACCGGUGUAGGGCUGAGUACUAGUUCUCCAAAUGUUACCAAGGGUCACAGCAUCAAUGUAGUAGUUGAGUUUACUAAUCCGGUUUUUGGCUUUAAAGCCUCAAUGGUAAAUGUGGUCGGGGGUAGAAUAACAAGGUUUAGGGAACUUUCAAGAGCUCUGUACUCCUUGAAUGUAUUUGCAAUCUCUGACAAUAUGGUGUCAAUUGCUGUUCCUGCAGGGAAGGUAUAUGAUAUAUCAGGAAAUCUUAACGUGGCUUCUAACAAACUUGAAGUGAAACACUAUUCAACCCCUGUAAUAUCAAUGGCACUGCAGUCAUUCAUUAGUGCGGGUAUACUAGCAACAUCAUUAGCAGCUGCUAUUCUCUCAAUUUCAAAUGCACAUCUUGAAGCAGUGGGAAUUGCUUCUGAGAGAUACCAUGCUGUUGCCUCUGAUUCCUCAAUGAAUCUACAUGGUCUGGUUGGACACCUUCAAGUUUUUGUCCUCUCAGACCGGCUCUCAGUCAACCAGCCAAUUGAAUAUUUUGAGACAACCAAAGGUCUUUGGUGGCUCAUACCUCGUCAUAAGCUUCCAUGGAAAAAGGAUAGUGGUUCAGAUUUAUACCACCAUGUGUACUUGGCUGUAGAGAAUAUUGGCUCGUCCGCAAGGGGGUCUUCACAUAAAGGGGCUAGCGUUCAAUUUGACUCAUAUCUAGCCAAUGCUUCAUAUAUGUUGAGUAAAGUACCAGUUCCCAUUGAGAUAGGUCCCCAGUCUGGUUGGCUUCUUGGGCAGCAUUACAUGCAUAUGACUCCUUAUGGAUUACCCCUUCAUUCAAAUGAAUAUUUCAUGGAUUUCCUGAGAGGAGAGCCAUUGUUUGCUAGCAAUGUCAUCAAGGGAAUGGAUAAUUACCUAGGGUAG